GCUGGCUUAUGAUGGAUCCAACGAUGAACGAGCAUGGGUCUCAAGGGCAAUCCGCCGCCGGGUCUGAGCUUCUUCUGGGGAUGCAUGGCUUUGUUGGCGGUCAAAGUCAAAGUAGUGGCCGCGCCCCUGGCCUGCAACAUGCAGCUUCUGUGUCCCGCGGCUGGAGACGUAUCGAGGUGAAGACGACGGAGGCACACAGCGUACGAAGCCCCUCUGGUGUGAGACGAUCAGGCGCAGGAGUGGGAGGAUCGGUGAUAGACCCUGGGGCUGGGUAUGAUAGCGCUGGUGGCUAUUACUCGUGAGAUGUUUCGUACAGGCCGUGGAUGGAAGAUGAGAAGCGGUCAAGCAAGCCUUCGCAUAGCUGGGGUCCGGUGGGAUGCAGCGAGUGGCCGUAUCAAGCCGCCUUACCUUGUCAUGUCAUUAUUGAGCUCCUUAGACCUUUUCGAGGUCAUACCAGUAUUAUUAGUGGAGGGGCGAAUCACGGCGGGACGAUGCCCAAACGCUGGGCAAAGGAGAGGAGGAAGGGAGGGAAGGGAAGGGCCGGCUUCUGCGCUGCGCAGAGAACGCACGCAAAUGAGCAGCCACCAGCGGCCAGCCAGGCCAGCAGGCCAGCCAAGGGGGACAGAAUUUCCGAGCCUCGCACAUUCCGCGUGGAAGACCAAGGGUUGCAGGGUGGGUGAAGGUUCGAGGGACGCGUUGCCGGGAUGGGCAAGUCGAUGGAUCGUCAGAAGAAUUUCAGGUGUCUUGUCUUGGGGGUGGUGUCUCUCGCUUCGACGCGGGAAGCGCCAGGGCCAGAAGCAACGCAACGCAACGAAGAUGGCACGCCGCACGCCGCACGCCAGGCGAGGCACUUCAACUCCGCUGCAAUGUGUGGCACUGCACCCCCUGGCCCGCCUCGCACUCUCUCUCACGCUCAUCAGCCAGCAAAACAGGACGACUGGGCCACACCUCUCGCAUUUGUGCCUCCAGAGAUUGGGUCUCCCCAGCGCAGGAGUGGAGCACCGGCGAGUCGAGGCUUGGAACUUUCCCGACAACGGUGGGGAAGCCAUCGUGGCUUGGAGUUUGGCUCCGAACCUCGUGAUGGCGGACCAGUACUGUAUCCGACCGCUCACCACGAGAGCAUUAUUCGACCUAGUCUUCGAUUCUAGUUCAACCACUUCUGGGCUGCAAAUACCGCGCAGAGGCGCUGGGGAGCGACCAGCAGCCAUUUCCAGACGAUGACGAUGCUCCGCCGAGGCGUUCUUGCCGGCCCCGAACGCGAACUUUAAGAUUCAGGCCAAGAAUAGCAUCGAGCCUUGUUUCCGAUAUCCCUCUCUCCACUACUGAGUUGCGAAGGGGCAAGUUCCAAAUGCCGGCAAAACUCCACCCAGGCGUGGAGG